AUGGGAAAAUCUCAAUCAAAGCUCUCUCAAGAGCAGCUAGCCGAGCUCCAGAAAUCCACGCAUUUCGACAAGAAGGAACUGCAACAGUGGUAUAAGGGCUUCCUCAAGGACUGCCCAUCCGGCAUGCUCACGAAAGAAGAGUUCCAGAAGAUCUACCGACAAUUCUUUCCAUUCGGGGAUCCAUCGUCAUUUGCUGAUUACGUAUUCAACGUUUUUGAUUCAGACAAGUCCGGCUCGAUCGAUUUCAAAGAAUUCAUUUGCGCUCUGAGCGUUACAAGUCGAGGAAAGAUGGAAGAUAAGCUCGAUUGGGCUUUCCAAUUAUACGACAUCGACGGCGACGGCAAGAUUAGCUAUGACGAGAUGCUGAAGAUCGUUGAAGCGAUUUACAAAAUGGUCGGUUCAAUGGUGAAGCUUCCCGAAGACGAAGAUACCCCCGAAAAGCGCGUUAGGAAGAUUUUCCGCAUGAUGGAUAAAGACGAGAACGGCAGUCUAGACAUGGAUGAGUUUAAGGAAGGUAGCAAACGCGACGAGACAAUUGUCUCGGCACUCUCUCUAGCUAGCGACUUUGGAGACGUUGGAGGAGAAUCCGGCAAAGAACGAGAGCCAAACCUGAAAGAAGAAAACAAAAAAACAGGUAAAAUUGUGAUGGAAGUCCCGGUUGGAGAGUCGCUACCAAUGUAUCAAAGUUUCCUUUCUCUCUCUCCUACACGGGUAUCUAUAUUCGAAGAGAAGGACGAGCACAGCUGCACCUCAUUCUUCGGAACUGGGACCGCAGGCCAAGCUGGACCGGGCCACUCGGCCAUCGCCGCAGCCGCAGCCGCAGCCGCUUCCCGAGUUUUCUAG